GAAACAGACUGCACGGAGUUAGGAAGGACGCUGAGCAGCAAGGGUAGUAAUCUCCGGAUUGUUGCGACAUUGAGGAUAGGAAUAGAAUGAGGAGACAGAUGAAUGAGUGGCUGAAGACUAGGAGAACAGUGCAGUGAUUCCGAUUUCUGGAUCAUUCGGACCUCUUCUGGGGCUUGUAGGACCUGAACAAAAGGGACAGAUGGACUUGAAUCCGAGGGGGAGCAAUAUCCUUGCGGGCAGGUUUGCUAGAGCUGUUGAGACUGGUUUAAACUAAAAUGGUAGGGGGAUGGGAACCAGUGUGAUAGAGCUGAGGAUAAGCCAGCUGGUUUACAAGUUGAUGUUGGGUGUAACGUGAAUGUAAGGAAGGACGAGGCAAUAAUUAGAUACAAAUGCAGACAGAGCAAAGGGCUUAGUUGUACACGGAGGCUAAAUUCAUAAGGGCGAAGAAUGCAGGAGUGAAAGUGCAGUAUUUAAAUGUUCGUAGCAUUCGGAAUAAAGUGGACGAACUCAUGGCGCAAUUAUAGAUUGGUCGGUAUGACGCUGUGAGCCUCACUGGGUGGUGGCUGAAAGAAGGUCAGAGUUAGAAGAUUAACAUUAAACGAUAUACUUUGUAUCGAAAGGACAGGCAGGAAAGCACAGGCGGUGGUGUGGCUCUGUUGGUAGGAGGUGGAAUUACUGUACUUCUUUAAAAAGCGGUGACAUAGCGUCAAAGAAUGUCGAAUCGUUGUGGGCGGAGUUAAGGAAUUGCAAGGGUGUAAAAACUAUUAUGGGAAUAAUAUAUAGGCCUCGAAAUAGUAGCCAAGCUGUGGGGUUGAGAUUCCAAAGGGAGCCGGAAAAGGCAUGUAAUAAGGGUAAUGACACAAUUGUAAUGGGGGACUUCAAUAUGCAAGGCGAUUGAGAAAAUCAGGUUUUCUGGUUUUCCCUUGUCCUGUUGUGUGCCUUAAUUGAGGCACAUGAUUCUCAUUUUGGACUGGACUGUUCCCUUCCCUUCCCCUUCCUUCUGAAGCCUUUGCCUGAAGACUUGCCUGCAACCUCGCCUGCAUCCUCGCCUGUAUCGCUGUCAAGUUCUACUGCUGGAGCAAGACCGGAGCCUUGCUGUUUCUAGAUAAGGUGGCUGGGAUCCUUAAUGUACUCCCAGGUAUUGUGGCUGCAGUACAACUCUUCAAGAGAUCUGAAUAAGUUGUUGAAAGCUCAGUAUUGGACAUCUAAUCUCAAUGGAGACAUCAGAAAAGAUUACAGCACCUGAAACAGUUCUGAUAACUGGUGGAGGAGGUUAUUUAGGCUGCAGAUUGGGGUGCACCCUGCAGAAGAUGGGCCGAAAGGUGAUUCUGUUUGAUAUUCACAGUCCUUUAGAGGAAGUGCCUGAUGCAGUGAGCUUCAUAAAGGGAGACAUCUGCAACUAUCUGGAGGUGGAGGCUGCACUCAGGAAUGUAGAUUGUAUUUUCCAUUUAGCUUCAUAUGGCAUGUCUGGAAGGGAGCAGUUAAAUAUAAAGCUGAUAGAGGAUGUCAAUCUUAAAGGAACAGAUAACGUAAUCAAGGCAUGCAUGACGAAUGGCAUAUCAAGGCUUCUUUAUACAAGUACAUACAAUGUUGUGUUUGGAGGCCAAGUAAUUGAAAAUGGAGAUGAAUCACUCCCUUAUCUUCCACUGCAUCUUCACCCAGAUCACUAUUCAAGGACCAAAUCUUUAGCAGAGAUGAAGGUGCUACAUGCAAAUAGCACAAAGCUAAGGAAAGGCACUGGCGUGUUACGAACUUGUGCUCUCCGGCCGGCAGGCAUCUAUGGACCUGGUGAGCAAAGACAUCUUCCAAGGAUAGUUAAUUAUAUAGAGAAUGGACUCUUCAAGUUUGUAUAUGGGGCAGCAGAUUCUCUGGUAGAGUUUGUCCAUGUUGACAACCUCGUUUCUGCAGAAAUACUGGCAUCAGAAGCUCUAAAAGGAGGAAAAAAUUAUGUAGCGGCUGGCCAAGCUUACUUUAUCUCUGAUGGCAAACCAGUGAACAACUUUGAAUUUUUCAGACCUUUGGUGGAAGGCCUUGGCUACAAAUACCCCACAGUUCGGCUGCCACUGUGGCUGAUUUACUACUUUGCUUUCCUAACUGAAAUCAUUCAUUUUUCUAUUGGUCACAUGUAUAAUUUUCAACCAUUUCUAACUUGCACAGAAGUCUAUAAAACAGGAGUCACUCAUUAUUUCAGUAUACAGAAGGCUCGAAAAGAUCUAGGGUACCAUCCAAGGGAACACAGCUUUCUGGAAAUAGUGGAAUGGUUCAAAGCACGUGGUCAUGGGCGGAAAUCAUCGCAGUUUAACAUUAGGCGCCUUAUGUCGGAUGUCAUAUUUUUACUGUUGCUGUCGCUUGUUAUCAUGUCUUGGCUUCCUGUUGUUUCAGCAUAAUAUUUUGUGCAAUUAGUAUUUUGCUGAAUGUUCCUUACAGCUCAGAGUUUACUGGUAAAGUUUGAAAUUUGACAUGGGUUUGAAAAUAGAGGAAACAACAUGACUGUUCAUUGUAUUUUCACGAUACAAUGAGCUUCAAUUAUCUGACAGACUGAGCUCAUGAGAGUUACCUUGUUUUAAUUUUCCCGUCAAGAUAAAUUAGUGGGAAGAAAAGUUGCGGCCAGAAGGGGAAUAAGAACUUAGAUGCUAUGAAAUAAACAAGCAAUGGUGUUCCUAGUGCCUGCUGCCUUUGCCCUCCUUGUUGGAAGGGUUGGAGAUGUUGUUAGACUAGCUGAGGUCAGUAACUCAAUAACCAUAAGCAUAGAUGGUACGUACUGCAUCCUCAGUGAGCCAAUGGCAAAGGGAAUGAAUGUUAAUUGAGGUUGAAGGGGGACCAGUUGAGAGCUAUUUUGCUCAAUCGUACCAAACUUCAUAAGCAUUGCUGGAGCUGCAUUCAUCCAGACAAGCAUUCCUGACUUGUAAUCUGAUUGGUUUGAAGCUAUUAUUGCUUUGCAGUUUGUCUAUCAUAAUUAUAAGGAAUAUAUUUAUAUGUUGAAAUAGAAAAAUGUAGAAACAUUCUAAUAAACUUAAGGAAUUUAAUGAAAUUUCUCUCUAACUGAAUUAAUGGGUAACAAAAAGUGGAAUAUUAAUUUAAAAAGAUAUUUUAUAUUAAUUAUUUUUUAAAUAGCAUUUAAAAUAAGUAACUUCUCUCAUUUUUGUAUUCCAAAUAGCAUGAAGGCCACUUGGCCUAUUAAACCUAUGGCAGCUCUCCAGAAAUUCCCAUUUGUCUCAUUUCCUCACUUAGUUCCCUGAAACCUAUUCUCUUUUAUAUGCCUAUUAACUUUACCUUGAAUCUACUGCUACCCACCUCCAGUACAAAUGAUCUUUCUGCAAGCAAUUAACCUACUGAGCAGCACGUCCUUGAGAUGUGGGAGGAAAUGAGCACCUGUCAAAUGCUCGAGUCACAGGAGGAGCAAAUGAACUGUGUACUGGAAGUCAGGAUUGAAGCUGGGUCGCUGGAGCCAUACAACAGUAGCACCACUAUUAUGCCAUUGUACCACCAAAAAAAAAAUCAAUGUCUAAUCUGAGUGAACUCAGUCACUAGCCUUCCAGUUAUUAGCUGAAUGCAAUAACCAGUUGCAGUGUUGAGCCUGACAUACGCCAUCUUCUUCACAAUACUUUGCAUAAACUUAAAUCACUUUGAUGAAUAAUAUAUAUGAAUUUUAAAAUAGUUGAGAGCAUUUUUUACAGUUAAGCAGAAGUGAGAGAGACCUUGAUGAUAUGAAAACAUAUGCAGCAAAGAUUAUAUUAUCACCUGAAGGGAAUUUGGCAGAUCUUUUGGCUUUUAUCAUGUAACUCUUACGGGGAAAGGCAAAUCUGGGUUGAGGUCUUUUUAACAAUUUUUAUUUUAGAUUUCUGGUAGUUUCUAGCAACUAUUUUUGUAUGAAAUAUUUGCACUAAUAGUAAAGGAGGUAAACUUAAGCAAGAUAAUUUGAUGGACUAAUGUUUAGUAAUAAUUUCUGUGUAGGUACAAUGCUGCAUUUUAAAAUAAAAAUGAUUGUCAGGCAAACCUAUAGCAAAAAGUUAUAUUUUUAAUAUGUAGCAUUUUUAAAGGUAUUUAUGUAAAAUGUGCAUUUAUUAAUAAUAAAUUUAUCUUGCAAAUUUCUGUUUAAUAGAUUAGAUGACUAUUUUGUGUAUUGUGUUUUUAAUAUGAAAAAUAGUGAGAUUCAAUAUGGAAACAGGCCUCCAUUAAUCAUCAAGUACCUUAACUAGUUGAAAAUGUAUGCACCUCAUUUCAUUGGAUCUGCUUCAUAAAUAACUGCUUUGGCCACACUCUUUCAGAAAGAAAUGUAACAUUUAUUGUGGUUGGCAAAACUUUGUUGUCAUUAAUAUUCUUGAUACCCACCAAGAUUUAUCUUUACAUAGCACUUUUAUAUAUUUAAGCCACUGCACAGAAACAAGGAAAGAAGAGAAUCCCUAAUCAUAGGGGGAGAUGUCAGGAGGGAUUGGUAAGAGGUGCAUUUGCCAUUUGACACACUGUUUUACAACCAAAAAUGUUACACAGGAAUGGACAAUACACAAUAAUGUAUACCACUUUAAUUAUUUAUCUCUCCCUCUCACAAUAACUCCUUGGCUGUUCUCCAUCUUCCUCUUGUGUUGCCUUCCCCCUUUCUUUCUUCCAGGCCUUCCGUCCCAUGAUACUCCCCCCUUCUCCAGCCUUGUAUCCCUUUUGCCAAUCAACUUCCCAGCUCCUGGCUUCAUCCUUCACCCUCCUGUCUUCUCCUAUCAUUUCGGAUCUCCCCCUCCCAAAUGUCUUACUAUGUCUUUUUUCUAUUAGUCCUGAUGAGGGGUCUCGACCUGAAACAUCGACUGUAUUUCUUCCUAUAGAUGCUACCUGGCCUGCUGCGUUCCACCAGCGUUUUGUGUGUGUUGAAUGUAUACCACUUGACUGCUCGAUAUUGUGGUGGCCCUUGUGUGAUAUCAUUGGUCCAACUGACUGAAAAAUAUGGUACAUUCGCAUAAGGCAAUUUUGGGAUACAAGCUAGUAGCUUAUAUCAUGGUAAAGCUUGUCUUAAGCUUCAUAGUAAAUAAGACAUCUUUACAAUUGAAUGUUCAUGGUGCAAUUUCAUACAUGUAAUUAUAUAAUCUUACACAAUGCUCAGAUACUAUGGCAGUUAAUAUAUAAUUGCGAGUACUUAAUCAUAUUUUAGCAAUCAACAUACACUGAAUUGGAAACAUAUGAAUUAUUUAUUUGUACAUGUUAAAUAAUUGAGAAUACAAAGCAAAAUCCACAAUGUUCAGAACUGUUUCUCUUUUUAAAAUAGCAGGAAACUACUUAAAUUUAUCCUUAAAAAUAUUGACAUGUAUGUCUAUAUUUAACCAAAUCAAAUUUAAAGGCAACAAGGCACUUUUUUUUCCAGAAAUAAAUGAAAAAAAAUCAGAUUCUGGAAAUAACAUGACCUACCUUUCAUUUUGCAAGGAUUGCUUCCCUUCAAUUAUGUGGAAUUUAACUGCCAAAUUGCCAUAACUAGAAAUCAUUCAUCAAAAGUUAUGUAACAUAACAGAAAGCAAAAAGAAAAAUAAAGACACUUUCCAUCAGGUCAAGAAAGUAAUUAGCAUUCCUUAGAUUUUUAUUUGAGCCAAAAAUUCUUCACUGUUGUUUUGUACUUCAAAUGUAGUUUUAUAAUUGAACAUUUUAAAUGCAUGAAAUGAAAAACUGGAUUGGAAGGAAAAAGUAUUAUAUGCUCCAAAACAAAAAGUACUUAAAAUGUAAACCAAGUAUUUUGCAUCGUACGCCCAGUGGCUCAUUUCCCGCUUACUGUGUAUUUUGAGCUAUGUGGGUUUGUUUCAAGUUACUAUUAUUGCAGUUUUGCUUUUCUGCUUGCACAAUGGCUUCUUACAUAUAUAACAGUCUAAUAUUGCAUCGAUUUACUGUUCAAUUGUGUUUUUUAUGGGAGAAUAUUGCCUCACAAAGUACAAUAGUGGGAUGGCUUCAAUAAUGUCAUUCCUUCAGUAUGUGACCAAAUCAUAACUUCAGAAGUGCAUGAUCUCAAAUUAAUAUUCAAAUAAAUUAUGUAUACAACCUUCUUGAAAUUUCUGCACUAAUUUCUGCAAAGAAUGGCCCAAAGUACACAUUUUGAAGAGUGACACCAAACGGUAAAAACUAAUCAGAUUUACAACCGUAUUGCUAAAAUAUGUAAUUCUGUAAAUACAAAGGUGUAAUUCUUAAAUACAAUUUUAAAUGAUUGGAACAAGCAGUACCUUAGCAUUUUGUAACUUUGGUACUUGAUCAGAAAAGGUGGAAAUUGUGUUAAUUAUCCAGAGCAGUGUUAAAAAUAUCUUUCAAAGAAAAUUGUAACCUAUUUUCAGUCUGAUAUUUAACAAUGACUUAGACAUUUAUUACAUAGUAUUAUGUAGAAGUAAUGCACUCAGAAAAAGGCACAUUAGAAAUGUUUAUAUUUGUAUUCCUCACAUUAAAUUUAGUUAAAACAAAAAUAACUCACAACAACCUGGUAUGACUUUUGUCAGUAUAAACCAGCCACUGAUAUUUACAUAUUUAAGCUACCAUCACCCUCAAAGUCCCAUUUUUUUUCCUCUGUGAAAAUAAAGUAACAAAAGUUGCAAACAUACAAGAACUUAAUGAAUUUUAAAUUUUUCAUUGCUGAAUGUAUUGAAAAUCUUUAGAUUUUAUGACAAAUAUACAUUCAUAAAGAAAUUAUGUAGCGCAUUUAUAAGAAUGUACAUUGAGCAAAUAACUUAAAUGCAUUCUGUUUCUGAUGAAAACAAUUGCAAAUAUUGUAGAAAUACUUGCACAGAAUGCUAAAUGAAGUGUCAUUAAAGGAUUUUUUAAAAACUUCUACACCACAGAGUUUUUAACUGUAAUUCAGUUUUUUGGUAAAUUAUUUAGCUUCUUGUGACUUAUCAUUCCAUAUAAGAUACACCUCCAGUUUUCGUUUCCAUAGAUGCUGCCUAACCUGCUGAAUUUCUCCAGGAUUUUGUGUUUCUAGCUCCAGUUUCCUUAAAUCCCUGACAUAUUACCUCAAUUAUUAGUCACAGUGCACAAUUAGGGUCUGUGGAUGUGGUAGCAUACAUAAAGUGAUAAUUUUGAGCUACCACAAUUAGGUAGGAAGAAGCUAGCCAGUGAUUUUCAAGCCGUACAAAAAGUUGGAAUCAAAAUUAUUUUUUCUUAUACUUUCAAUAUCAAGAUGCUGGGCUGGUGAGAAAUAUUUUUGUUUCAGAAAAUAACCAAGAAGCCAGUAAUGGAAUACUCUCUACAUUGAGUUAAUAGAGACCGUUUUAGCAACAACCAUAAAAAUAGUUGAAGUUGAACAAAUUAAUCAAAAAUUCAAUGUGGAUAAUGGCUUAUCAAAAGGUCAAAUGCAGUUUUAUACCGGAGAUUAAUGUUUCUUGUGGGAGAAUUGGAAUUUUGCAAGCCUACAUAAGUUAAGCUAUAUAAAAAAAAUUUUCAUUAAAUUUUUCAUUAUAAAAGGAGGAAGCUAUUCAUGUUUUAACACAAACUAUAAAUUAAAAUAUACUUAUAUUAGUAUAAAUACAAAAAAGUACUUGGUUUUCUGAACUCCAUUUACUCGAAACAUAGAAUCUUAACAUGGCUGAUAUAAAUGGCGUAUGCUGUGCAUAAUUCUCUGAAUUUUCAGCUCAAUCCAUUGAUUCUAUCUGUUUAUGUCACGAUGCAAUAUUUUCAAUAGCUGAAUGCCAAUCAUAAUCUUUAAGAUAAAUUAUAAUUUACAGUACUGUAGUAUUUCCAUUGAAAUUAUGACAUAGCUGAUGUACUACUAUUUUUGCAACAUACAUCAAAGUUGCUGGUGAACGCAGCAGGCCAAGCAGCAUCUAUAGGAAGAGGUGCAGUCGACG